AUGAGAAACUGGAAAAAGGAUAAUAUUAGCUGCCAAAUUGAAGAUACAGCUCUUAUUAACAUCUUUUAUUCAAUCUUAUUUUUAGCUAAUUAUCUUGUCAAAGACCUAAUUGCAGAAAUUCCACAUUUUUGCACAAAUGACCAGUUAUUCCCCAGAGAUCAUCUUUUAAGUAUAUGUGGCCAUGAAGAAUUUUUACAAAAUGAUCACUAUUUGGGAAGCCACAGAGUAUUUCAGAAAAAUGAAUCUGUUAUUCAACUUCAUCUACAGAAAAAGAGAGACACCCCAGGAACAUUAUCUCGAAAGCAUGAAGAUGACCACAGUCAGUUUUAUCUGAAGCAACUUCUAGAAUUUAUGCAUAUCUGGAAAGUGUCCAGACAGUGUCUCUCAACAGUAAUCCAAAAAUAUGACUUCCACCUGAAAUACUUAUUGAAAACCCAGCAAAAUGUGGAUAAUGUUAUCGAAGAAGUAAAAAAUAUAUGCAGUGUUCUGGGAUGUGUGGAGACCAAACAAAUUACAGAUGCUGUAAAUGAACUAAAUCUUAUUCUUCAGGGAAAAGCAAAGAAUCUUCAUCAAAAUUCAGACACUUCAGCAAAAGGUUUGAUAGAGAAAGUGACAACUGAACUAUCCACAUCCAUCUAUCAGCUAAUUGAUAUCCAUUGCAGCAGCUUCUAUGCAGAUUUCCAGCCUCUACAUGCACCUCUGUAUAGAGUCUCCUUUGAAAAUCUUGGGGUCCCUUCCCACCUUAGCUUCACAGUGUAUGCAGCUCACAAUAUUCCAGAAACCUGGGUGCACAGCUAUAAAGCAUUUUCUUUCUCCUGUUGGCUUACAUAUGCUGGAAAGAAGCUGUGCCAAGUGAGAAACUGCAGAAAUAUUCCCGUCAAAAAGUUGUUUUUUUUCAUGGUCAACUGGAAUGAAACGAUCAAUUUUCCUCUUGAAAUAAAAUCACUUCCAAGGGAAUCCAUGCUCACUAUAAAAUUGUUUGGGAUUACCUAUGCAACCAAUGCAGAUUUAUUGGCCUGGACUUGUUUUCCACUGUUUCCAAAACACAGAUCCAUUCUCGGGUCUGUGCUAUUCAGCAUGACAUUACAAAGUGAGCCUCCCAUGGAAAUGAUCGCUCCAGGAGUGUGGGAUGUAAGUCAGCCGUCCCCAGUGACCCUGCAGAUUGAUUUUCCAGCUACUGAGUGGGAGUAUAUGAAACUUGAUUCUGAAGAGAAUGGAAGUGAUCUUGAAGAACCACCAAAAGAAUGUUUAAAACAUAUUGCCAGACUGUCACAGAAACAGACUCCCAUACUCCUUUCUGAGGAAAAGAGAAGAUACUUAUGGUUUUAUCGCUUCUACUGCAACAAUGAAAAUUGUUCCCUUCCUUUGGUCUUGGGAAGUGCUCCUGGAUGGGAUGAAAGAACUGUUUCAGAAAUGCAUACCAUUUUAAGAAGAUGGAAAUUCUCUCACCCUUUGGAGGCACUUGGACUUUUGACUUCCAGUUUUCCAGAUCAAGAAAUUCGUAACGUGGCAGUUCAGCAGUUAGACAACCUCUUGAAUGAUGAACUACUGGAAUAUCUCCCACAGCUAGUUCAGGCUGUCAAGUUUGAAUGGAGCCUUGAGAGCCCUCUAGUUCAACUUCUGUUAGACCGCUCACUACAAAGCAUCCAGUUUGCCCAUCGUCUUUACUGGCUGCUAAAGGAUGCACAGAAUGAAACUUAUUUUAAAAGUUGGUAUCAGAAGCUAUUGGCUGCACUCCAAUUCUGUGCAGGAAAAGCCCUGAGGGGUGAGUUUUCCAAGGAGCAGAAACUUAUCAAGAUUCUGGGAGACAUUGGGGAAAAAGUCAAGACUGCUAGUGACCCUCAAAGACAGGAGGUCCUGAAGAAGGAGCUUGGCAGACUAGAAGAAUUCUUUUGGUGCACAAAGACCUGUCACCUCCCUCUGAACCCUGCCCUAUGCAUACAGGGGAUUGAUGGUGAUGUAAGUUGAUAUAUUCAGUAGUUAAGUUGAAUAUUUUUAUUUUGUAUUCUUUAGUUCACUGGAUGGUUUUGAAAUGGCAAAAACAAUU